AUGGCCGUCGUUCAAGCCAUCUAUGAUAUAUAUUUAAGGACACAUCAUCUCAGAAACCUGCCGAAGGGGUUUCAUGAAGUGUGCAGGGACCUCCCUCUUGCGCAAGACACUCUGCGUCUGGUUGGUCAACAACUCCGAGGUCUGGCCUUGGAUGGAUCAUCCGUGAAGGCCCUCAGGCCUCUGGUCAUCGAGUGCCAAGGGACGGCCACAUCGCUGCUGUACAUUUUCAGGGAGUUCGAAAAAGAGGUGAAGAAUUUCAAUGACAGAUCCUUGCUCGACUUCUCUCGCAUGUCCUAUGACAUGUCCUAUGACACGUCCCCUCGGUUCCGCUGGGAGCUGUCAGAUCAGGAAGAGACCCUAAUGGGAGAUUUCUUGAGACGCUUGAAUGAAUUAUCUAACCUUUGCCAACAAGAAGUUCAAUCCAACGAAGACCAAAAGACUCGAGUUGAUAUCCUCCGGAAGCUUUAUACCUCACCGUAUCUGGACAGGAAGGACAAGAAUCCAUAUCGGGUCCCAGGGACGUGUGAGUGGUUCGUAGGCCACCGCGACUUUCAGAGAUGGCGAGAAAGCAAAUCGUCAAGCAUGCUCUGGGUAUCCGCAAAUCCCGGGGCCGGAAAGUCCGUUUUGGCAAAAUACCUGGUUGACUCUGAGCUUCUUGAAAGUACGGGGUCCAGAACGAUCUGCUACUUCUUCUUCAAGGAUGAUUUCGAGGACCAGAGGAGCGCGAAAAGCGCUAUCAGCUGCAUCCUCCAUCAGCUUUUCACGCGAAGGGAGCACCUUCUCUCUGACGAAAUUGUCAAGCGGCUCAAAGCCCAUGAAGCGAAUUCAGCCCGCUCGUUUGAUGAACUCUGGGAGCUCUUGCUUAUAGUUUCUCAGGACACAUAUAUUGGCGAGUUAGUCUGUAUUCUUGACGCAUUCGAUGAAUGUGAAGACGAAGAACGGAUCAAAUUUGCCCAAGCCUUGCGUAUGUUCUAUGGCAUGAAGAAUGACGCAAAGGAUAACGCCAACUUGAAGUUUCUCAUAACAAGUCGGCCCUACAACAAGGUCAGACGGGAUUUCCAGUCUCUCGAUGUUUUGGGAUUCCCUGUCAUUCACUUGAAAGGUGAAAGCGACGCUGAGACGCUGAAAAUUACCCAAGAGAUCGAUAUCUAUAUAGAAGACAGAGUUUCGCGCAUCCGGGAAACUAGGGGUCUCGAAACAGCCGAGGAGCGGCUACUCUUGCAAGAGCUCCGGCGGUUUCCUAACCAGACAUAUCUAUGGGUUCACUUCUUCUUGGAGUCGAUCGAAAGAGGGAGAUACUUCAGUGAUUAUAAGAUUCGCAAGGCCGCUUCCUCACUUCCACGAAACGUCGAUUACGCGUACGAAAAGCUCUUAUCUAAGAGCCAAAAUGUUGAAGAAGCCAAAAGACUCUUGCAUAUUAUAGUCGCGGCAAGACGGCCCUUGACGCUAGCAGAAAUGAACGUCGCAUUGGCUCUUAAGAAAAAUCACACGUGCUAUAGCGACCUCCACCUCAUGCCAGAACUGCGCUUCCGCGACUAUAUCACAGACCUCUGCGGCCUUUUCGUAACUGUCAUAAACUCGAAAAUUUAUCUCCUUCACCAGACUGCGAAAGAAUUCUUGGUCCGGAAAAGCGAUUCGAAUCCCAGAAGGGAACGGCUCACAUGGAAGUACUCACUCAGUCUUCCAGAGUCUCAUCGCAUUCUUUCUCAGAUCUGUAUCUGGCACCUCCUCUUUACUGAGUUUGAGACCCAUCCUCUGAGCGUAAAUCUGGACGGAGAUCUAGAAGGGGAGGUAUCCCGCUACCUUCAUGGCCAUGUCUUCCUUGACUACUCUGCUACCAAUUGGGCUGCCCACUUCCGAUUGUCAGAUAAAGGAAAUGAUGUUGAAACGAGGGAUUUAGUGUGGCAAAUCUGUGAUCCAAGCUCGAGACGUUUUAGGACUUGGUUCAGGAUCUACUGUGCGAGCGUACAGAUGGACUUUUCCGAGGACAUCACGAGGCUCAUAAUUGCCUCACAUUUCGGACUUGAUCAAAUUGUAAAGUCUCUGAUUGACAUGGACGAUAUUGAAAUAGAUGCUGUGGAUGGCACUUAUCAUUUUUCAGCCCUCUUUUGGGCUUCACUGAACGGAUUUGCUGGUAUUGUGAAGCUGUUGAUCGAGGGUUCUAUGCUUCCCUCGGAUCUAAGAAUUUUUGAGAAAGGCGCGGACGUCAACAAAAUGGAUAGGUAUGGUCGAACGCCGCUAUCAUACGCUUCUUUGAAUGGUCACAUGGACGUCAUAAAUCUGUUAACUGAUGCAGGAGCCCGUGUCGACUCAAAAGAUGAGUUUGGGGGGACUCCAGUUUCCUAUGCCCUUUGCUGUGGACAUACGGCUGUAGCCGACCAGCUGAUGAAGGGAGCGCAGAUCGAUUCAGUGGAUAAAAUCCUCCAAGAUCUGCUCUUCUCCACUGCCGAGAAGGGUGAGGAUCUCAUCGUCGAACGACUACUCGAAAAUGGUGCUGCCAUAGAGGUUGUAGAUAGUAAUGGCCGGACGCCGCUCUCGUGGGCUGCUGCGGGCGGGCACGAAGCCAUCGUUAAGCUUCUAGUCGACAGGCGCGCUAUGAUUGAGACGAUGGAUAGCAAUGGGCGGACACCGCUGUCGUAUGCCGCCGAGCACGGCAGCACGGCCAUUGUGAAGCUGUUGCUAGACAAAAGCGCCACCACUUUGGUGGUGGAUAGCAACGGGCGGGCACCGUUGUCUUAUGCCGCCGAGAAUGGCAACAUGGAUAUUGUACAGCUGUUGCUAGAUAGAAGCGCAGCCAACUUGGUGAUGGAUGGCACUGGCCGCACGCCGCUGUCAUAUGCUGCUGAGAAGGGGCAUCAGGCUAUCCACAGGCUAUUGCUUGCAACUAGCAAAGCCGAAGUUAGAAGUAAACUUGACACGAUCGAACUUCAUUCUCUUGAGCUUGAUCAUCAAGUCCAGGGCUAUCUCCUUGAUCCUGGUAGCUCAGAUGCAGGUAACGCAACUGAGAUGAUCUCCAAACCCGAUUCU